AAACGUAGUCUCGCGCUGCCUGGUGUGUGUCACGAGCUCACGUCUGCGCUUGUUGCCCCUUUAAAAAUCAGAAUUGAAGGCCAAUGAUUUAUCAAAGCCCUAUUAUCAAGAAAAUGUCAUGCGAAGGGUACCUUGCCAUGCACUGACGCAAACCCGGUCUUUCCCACGGAGAUAUAGAAAGCUUUGCACUUUGCACAGCCAAACUCAGUCUGCCUGCCGUCCUUCCAGCUGUUUUCUGCUAUUAACCCACAUUUGUUGACUCUGCACAAAUGGAUUUUUCUGAGCACGGGGAAAUGUUGAGACAGCCGUCAAACAGCGUUCCGCCUCAGCCCUCAGGGGGACCGGUUGGAGCUACAACUAACACCAAACCGGAGAACAGCAAACCGGCGCCCCCGCCGCCGCCAGUAAAUGAACGGAAAACUUUUUGUCCCUCGGAAAAUAAACCGUGCGAUAUGGAAGCCAAUAAAGCAUACGGGACGUUUAAAAACACUGCACCUGGACCCACGUUUGCUGGCGUUAAUUCUGCCGUGCGCAAGGAUUCCGUCGGUAAAAUGGAUGCAUCGACCGGUAAAGCAACGUCGGACUUCAUGUCUAACAAUCAAAGUGCUGUAAGGAUCGCGGCGGAGCAUAACAACAGCACCGGCGACUGGACCUCCAUGAGCCAGACCACCAUCAUACUGGGUACAGAUGGCAAUACAUCUGUUCUGCCUGGCACGGUGACCGGGCCCCCCACAGAUGAUACUGGGCGGUUGUUCCAGGACGAUGAUGAUGAUGAUGGAGGAGAUGAGAAUAAGGCUCGGGGAAACUGGUCCAACAAACUGGACUUUAUUCUGUCCAUGGUGGGAUAUGCCGUGGGCUUGGGAAAUGUGUGGAGAUUCCCAUAUCUUGCUUUCCAGAACGGGGGAGGUGCGUUUUUGAUACCUUACCUAAUCAUGUUAGGCCUCGCCGGUAUACCUAUAUUUUUGUUGGAGGUGUCGUUGGGUCAGUUCGCCAGCCAAGGCCCGGUGUCGGUGUGGAAAGCGAUUCCAGCUCUACAAGGUUGCGGGAUUGCCAUGUUGAUAAUAUCUGUCUUGAUAGCCAUAUACUAUAAUAUUAUUAUGUGCUGGACAUUGUACUACCUGUUCGCUUCGUUGAAGGAGACACUGCCAUGGGCCACCUGUAAAAAUGAAUGGAACACCGUCGAGUGCAAAGACAAAGACAUGCUGCUUUUGGACACGUGUAUUCUAAGAGACCGAAACAUCACGUCCAUCAAGAACACUACAUUCUGUUUAUCUGCAAAUGUGGUUGGGAAUUUAAGUAAACUGUUGAAUGUCACAGUGGACAAUAAAACCUAUGUCAGCCCUAGCGAGGAGUACUUCAAGUAUAAUGUGUUGCAUAUUUCGAAGGGUAUUGAAUAUCCAGGCGAUAUCCGCUGGCCACUGGCUGCUUGUCUGUUUCUGGCUUGGCUUAUUGUUUAUGCCUCUUUGGCUAAAGGGAUCAAGUCCUCAGGGAAGGUGGUGUACUUCACUGCCACGUUCCCUUAUGUGGUGUUGGUCAUUCUGCUUAUCCGAGGAGUCACUCUGCCUGGAGCCGGUUCUGGAAUCCUUUACUUCAUAACACCCAAAUGGGAAAAACUCAACGAUGCUAAGGUUUGGAAAGACGCAGCCACGCAGAUUUUCUUCUCUCUGUCUGCAGCAUGGGGUGGACUGAUAACCUUGUCAUCCUACAAUAAGUUUCACAACAACUGUUACAGGGAUACACUCAUUGUGACGUGUACGAACAGCGCCACCAGUAUAUUUGCCGGUUUUGUCAUUUUUUCAGUCAUAGGAUUCAUGGCUCAUGAGCUCAAAGUCCCCAUUGAGAGUGUGGCAGAUGAAGGUCCAGGAAUUGCAUUUGUUGUGUAUCCAGAGGCUCUGACCAGGCUUCCUUUGUCACCUUUCUGGGCCAUCAUCUUCUUCCUUAUGUUACUUACACUUGGCCUGGACACUAUGUUUGCCACCAUAGAGACCAUAGUGACAUCUGUUUCUGAUGAGUUUCCCAAAUACCUGCGCAAACACAAACCUCAAUUCACAUUAGUAUGCUGUUUGUCCUUUUUCGUGCUGGGUUUCCCCAUGAUCACUGAGAGUGGGAUGUACAUGCUUCAGCUGGUGGACACAUUCGCAGCCUCUUACUCUCUCGUCAUCAUCGCCAUAUUUGAACUGGUCGGAAUCUCUUACAUUUAUGGUCUACAGCGGUUUUGUGAGGACAUUGAGAUGAUGAUCGGCUUCCAGCCAAACAAGUUUUGGAGAGUGUGCUGGGCCUUUGUCACUCCAACCAUUCUCACAUUCAUUUUGGCACUUAGUCUGUACCAGUGGAAGGUGAUGACGUAUGAGGAUUACACUUAUCCGAACUGGUCUAUGGUACUCGGCUGGCUUAUGGUCAUCUGUUCUGUUAUAUGGAUUCCCAUCAUGUUUGCUAUUAAGAUGCAUCUUGCUCCUGGAUCUUUAAUUGAGCGUCUGAAGUUGGUAUGUUCUCCUCAACCCGACUGGGGUCCGUUCCUGAUGAAACACCGUGGCGAACGCUACAAGAACAUGAUCGACCCACUUGGCACGAACUCCCUCGGCCUCAAACUCCCCCCCAAAGAUUUCCAGCUAUCAGCCCAAUAUCAAUAAUCCUCCUCCUUCCCUGUGAGUGUGAAAUAUCCCGAGACCCCUGAGGGUGAGACCAGCACUCACACCAAACUCUUCCCUUUCAACCUCCCCUUCUAUCCAUAGCGCUCUCUUUCAGCCAUAUCCCCCUCUUCCGGCUCUUUCUGAGGGGUUCUUUCAGGUGGAAAGCACAGUAACUUCUAUAAUUAGGUUUUUUUUUUUUUUUUUGGUUUUCUGGAUAAUUCUAGUCGGUUUGAGAGUGGAGGUCAUGCGCAUUCGAUCCCAGCUGAAUCCUUUCUCAGAGGCAAUAUAAUGAUGCUGUUGCAACUGUUGAGGCAAUAUUUGACUGACUGUGCAUCAUGCAGUGGUUGUUUUUUAAUUUAUUUUUCAUUCUGAAGUGACUGCUGAUGUAAAAAAAAAAA